CACUACCCUGCGCUUACUGGAAGGCUACUACUGUUCUGUGACACAGCGUAACAACACAGAGAGAAGAGAACGCCAUACGUUGGCGUUUACAUUAAUUUUCCUGAAUUCAAUUUACCCAAUUGAGCAUAUUCAAGACUCAAAGUCGAAAAUCACAACAAUGGCGGGGGUGGCGAAAGUAUUCGAGAACAAAGACAUCAUCAAGUCCAAUGCUGACAAGAGGCAGUAUCGUGGCUUGGAGCUUACCAAUGGCAUGAAGAUACUCUUGGUCAGCGAUUCGGAAACAGACAAGUCAUCAGUGGCUAUGGACGUCCACAUAGGACACUUGAAGGAUCCCCGAGAACUUCCUGGUCUGGCUCACUUCUGUGAGCACAUGUUAUUUCUUGGUACAGAAAAGUAUCCUGAGGAAAAUGAGUACAAUAAGUUUCUCAGUGAGCACGGAGGGAUGUCCAACGCGUUCACCUCCCUGGAGCACACCAACUACUACUUUGACGUGUCGCCCGACAACCUGGCUGGAGCACUCGACAGGUUCGCACAGUUUUUCACCUGCCCGCUGUUCACCCCCUCUGCUACGGGUCGAGAAGUUAAUGCCGUGGACAGUGAGAACAGCCGCAACCUUCAGAGCGACCCGUGGCGCCUGUUUCAGUUAGACAAGUCUCUGGCACGGCCAGACCAUGACUUUAGCAAGUUUGGCACAGGCAAUAAGGAGACGCUGGAGAACAUCCCCAAGAGCCAGGGCCAGGACGUGAGGGAGGAGCUGCUCAAGUUCCACGGCCGCUUCUACUCCUCCAACAUCAUGGGCUGCUGCGUGGUGGGCCGGGAGGAUCUGGACGGCCUGCAGGCCAUGCUGGUGCCGCUCCUGGAGGGCGUGGUCAACAAGCAGGUGGACGUACCCCGCUGGGACCAGCCGCCCUACACGGAGGCCGAGCUGCAGUGCACAGUGGUCACCGUUCCUGUGAAAGAUAUACGAGAGAUGUCCGUAGUGUGGCCCACACCUGAUGUAUCAGAACACUAUAAAGCCAACCCUGGCCACUAUUUGGGGCAUCUGUUGGGGCAUGAAGGAUCGGGAAGCUUGUUGUCGGAGUUGAAAGCUAGAGGUUGGGCCAACACCCUGGUCGGGGGUCAGAGGUCAGGGGCCAAAGGCUUCUCAUUCUUCUCUGUAGCUGUAGACUUGACAGAUAAGGGGCAAGAGAACACAGACGAAAUCAUCCGUUUGAUCUACCAGUAUGUGAACAUGCUGCGGCGAGAGGGACCGCAGGAAUGGAUCUUCAGGGAGUGUCAAGACCUGGCCUCCAUGUCGUUCCACUUCAAGGACAAAGAGUCUCCGCGAGUCUACACCAGCAGUUUGGCAGGGAAGCUUCAGCUAGUGCCCAGCAACAUGAGGGUGACGAUCGUGUCCAAGAAGUACCAGGGUCAGACAGACCAGACGGAGCAGUGGUACGGCACGCAGUACUCCGUCGCCAAGUUCUCAGCUGAACAGCUGCAGAAAUGGACUGAUUGUGGCUUCCACGAGAACCUGCGGCUCCCAAUGAAGAACGAGUUCAUACCCACCAACUUUGACUUGGUGGACAGAGAAACGGAGGCACCGAUUCUGCCCGAGAUGAUCAAGAACACACCCUUGAGUCGACUCUGGUACAAGCAAGAUGACCGCUUCCUGAAGCCCAAGGCUUGCCUGAACCUAGACUUUAUCAGUCCAAUCGCCUACAUGGACCCUCUCCACACCAACCUGAACGCACUGUUCACCCAGCUGUUUGACGACGCACUCACUGAGUACUCGUACAUGGCCGACAUCGCAGGCCUCAAGUAUAACCUGGACAGCUCUAUAUAUGGCCUCACGCUGACGGUGAAGGGCUACAACGACAAGCUCACCACUCUGCUGCUGAAACUGGUGGAGAAGAUGACACAGUUCAAAGUGAACCCCCAGAGGCUGGCUAUUUUCAAGGAGAUGCACGGACGCAACCUGAAGAACUUCCAGGCGGAACAGCCGCACCAGCACGCUAUCUUCUACACCAACAUGCUCACCUCCGAGGUUCUCUGGACAAAGGACGAGUUGCUGCUAGCUCUGGAAGAGGUGACUGUGGAAAAGUUGCAAGCCUUCAUCUCCGACCUGCUGUCCAAGAUGUACAUAGAGGGUCUCAUCUAUGGGAACGUCACCAAAUCACAAUCCCUGGAGAUGCUGUCUCAAGUAGAAGACAUGCUGUGUGCCAACAGCCAGACCCGGCCGCUCCUGCCCUCGCAGCACCGCAAGCUCCGGGAGGUCCAGCUGCCCGACGGCUGCUACUUCCUUCACAAACAGAAGAACCAUGUACACGAGAGCUCCAGCAUUGAGGUCUACUACCAGUGCGGCCUGCAGAACACGGAAAAUAACAUGCUUCUAGAACUCUUCUGCCAGGUGAUCGGAGAGCCGUGUUUCAACAUUCUGCGGACCCAAGAACAGCUGGGUUACAUCGUGUUCAGUGGCGUUCGGCGCUCCAAAGGCGUGCAGGGUCUGCGAGUCAUUGUGCAGUCGUCGCGACCCCCGCAGUAUGUGGAGGGCCGUAUCGAGGCUUUUAUACAGAAUGUCCAUGACGUGAUCCGCGACAUGCCAGAGGAGGAGUUUGGCAAACACGUGUCGGCCCUGGCCACCAAGAGGCUGGAGAAGCCCAAGAAGCUGGUGCAGCAGAACAACAAGUACUGGACCGAGAUCAUCUCCAGCUUCUACAACUUUGACCGUGAUAUUGUAGAGGUGGCUUUUCUGAGGACUCUGAAAAAGGAUGAUUUGUACAGGUUUUACAAGGAAAAGAUCGCCCUGGAUGCACCCAACAGACACAAGCUCUCCGUGCACGUGGUCUCUGACACGUCGGGCGGCGCCACUUCCAACGGUGGACGGGAGGCCGGGGAGCAGCAGUUGGACGUCGCUCAGGACGGGGACAACAAGGAGAAGGACGGCUUCUUGCCAGCACCAGUCCUACCUCUACCGACGGUGGUGACAGACGUGAUGGAGUUCAAGCGGGACCUGUGCCUGUACCCUCUGCCCAAGCCUUUCAUCGACCUGACAAAGGCCAAAGCCAAACUGUGAUAACCCCCCGCGUCUUUUGCUGUCCCCACCGAGAGGAAUUUGUGGUCCAGAUGUCGGGCUUACUCUCGGCAAAUGUGGUAGCAGUAAUGCACCAGUCAGAUUGCAUAUCUGGAAGAUUUUGUUGUCAAAAAGUUGUGUAACGUAAUUUUUGUCUUUUUGCAAUUAAAUGAAUAUCUAGGGAAAGGAAACUCAAAGAAAUAUAACAUUUGUCAGAGGGUAGUUCUGAAGACUUAUAUGAAUCAAACCAUUUGUCUGUGAAUGUAGAUUUAGAAUUGUAGUGGUUUAGUUUUGGUAAAAGUUUUUAAGGCACUUCCAAAACAGAUAGGUCAUAUAAUGCUGAAGACUAGAGGUCUUAUAGGAGAGUAACAUACAAAAAAAGAAAAA